AGGAAAAUUUAAUGGGACUGUUUAGCAGGAAAGGGCCUUCUGGGUUUUCUUCAACUUCCACAGCUGAGGAAGUUACACAAGGGGUUGAUGUAACUGGUCUUACUGCCAUUGUUACAGGAGCCUCAAGUGGUAUCGGAACAGAGACAGCGCGUGUACUUGUGUUGCGUGGUGCUCAUGUGGUCAUGGCAGUGAGAAACAAGGAUGCUGGGACAAAUGUCAAAGCAGCAAUCCUUAAAGAAAUUCCGGCUGCUAAAAUUGAUGUCAUGGAGUUAGACCUCAGUUCAUUGGCGUCUGUAAGAAACUUUGCAGAAGAGUACGUUGCCUUGGGUCUCCCACUGCAUAUUCUUAUUAACAAUGCAGGGGUUAUGGCAUGCCCAUUCAAGCUUUCUCAUGACAACAUUGAACUCCAGUUUGCAACUAACCAUUUAGGUCAUUUUCUUCUGACGGAUCUCCUGUUGGAGACCAUGAAAAAUACCACAAAAGAAAGCAACAUUGAGGGGAGAAUUGUUAAUUUAUCAUCUCUCGCCCAUGAAUACAGCUACCGUGAAGGAAUUCAUUUUGAUGCAAUUAAUGAUGAAUCAAAAUACAGCAAAUAUUAUGCUUAUGGGCAAUCCAAGCUUGCGAACGUAUUGCACGCUAAAGAGCUGAACAGGCGUCUCAAGGAAGAAGGAGUGGAGAUAACUGCUAAUGCUGUUCACCCUGGAGCAAUUCUCACCAAUCUGAUGCGAAAUCAUAACCUUUUAAAAUCUGUUAUGAAGCUGCUGGGUUCAUUUAUCACUAAAACUGUUUCCCAGGGAGCAGCAACCACAUGCUUUGUGGCACUGAAUCCACAAGUUAAGGGAGUGAGCGGUGAAUACUUUGUGGACUGUAAUGUUGCCAAGCCGAGCUCUCAGGCAAAAGAUGCAGAUUUGGCUACUAAACUAUGGGAUUUCAGCAUGACCUUGACCAAUGUCAAGUAGCAGUGAAGGUUUUCAUGUUUGAUGGGGUGUAUCUGGCUCCUUUUGCUGCACUGUUUGCUAUGGAAUCAAUUUGCCAAACCACAUUUGUACCGCACUUGUAGUUCAUUACAAGUCAAUGUGUCCUAGUUGU